AUGAGCAUGCGCAAAGAGUUCCCGUCUUCUGCUGAGUCACAGAUCCCUUUGAAGUUCCUUAAAGAUUCUCCUAGUUACGAUGAAUCCAAACCGUACUACGUGUCUGGACUCCUGCCGCACCACCAAGAAGUCUUUCGAACCAACAUAGAAUAUGAAAUCCUCAGCCAAAGUCGACUCUACGAUCUGCGCGGCUACGAACGCCAACUUUCUAUCGACCGGCACGGUUUUGAAAUUAUCGAUAUACCGUCGAAUACUGUGAGCUUGGAUGUGCGAGGAUCACAAAAGCUGCAGUAUAUGGAGAUGAUGACAGAGCUUGCGAGAGAAACACUCGGAGGAUCUUUCGCACUGUGCUAUGACUGCAGGUUUCGAUCAAGUGAAUCGCUCAAACGUUCCAGCACCCGCCAAAACAUUGGUACUGCUGUAGAUCCAGAUAUUCCAGCUGAGGCUGCUCAUGUCGAUCUUACCAGGGAAAGUGCCGCGCGACGUGCGAAACGACACCUUACCGCCAAGGAAGCUGAUACAUAUCUUAACGACGAUUGGAGAUUACGAAUUAUUAACAUCUGGAGACCCUUCGACAUAGUCAAUGAUUUCGACUUGAUGUACUGCGAUACCUCCACCGUUCGGCCAACAGAUCUUGUCGCCGUCGAUCGCGUCUCCACAGAAUACGUUGGAGAAGUCUACAUGCUCAAGCCACGCGAUUAUUAUGAUUGGUAUUGGCUGAGUCACCAAAAGCCGAGCGAAGCCAGCUUGUUUGUUAGCUACGAUAGCCGUCCAGGAUCUGGACCAUCAUUCUGCCCUCACACGUCUGCGAAGAACACACAGGUGACGAAUCUAUGCAAGCCUCGAGAGAGUGUGGAGCUGAGAAUCAUCGUCUUUUCGCCGGAUGGGGAUAAGGCUAGCUAA